GCAACUCAGUUCUCUGACAGGCUUUGAUACGCGAAGUCACUUAACCGUUCGGACUGGUGCACGAAGGCGGAGUUCCUUUUCGAUCGUGUCAUAUCGAGAUGUUAAAUUAAAAACGUAUUCGGGGCGGAUGAAAAUUUGAAAUUGAUGGUUGUCUAUUAGAUCGAGAGCUUCUUCCCGGGAAACACUGCAUCACCCGAACGCGGUUGGAUCCGUUCAAAAUAGUGCCGCAGGUGGGAAAAGUGGCAUUCAGGGUGUCGCGGGUCGGCAGGGUGGGUCGGAGAAGCGCGAGGAUUCCAGAAGAGAAGAUAAGAGAGGGUCGCGCUCCGCGGGUCGGCAUGAGCGGACGGUAGCAAGCGCGCAGGCGCGGAUCGAUCCCGCGGCAUCGAACGGCGCGGCGCCCACUCGGCACUCGGCCUCGCUCGACGACCAGUCGCGCGCGGGCUGACGUGCGAGCGCGCGCGUCUCUGCACGUGCAUGGCGCAUUCGCCUGGAUGCCUCGCGCCCUCGGGGAAUGGCUUCGUCCGAGGAAGAGGCGACAACCGCGCCGAGCCCUGAAGAUGACUGCCUCAGUGUCCGAAAAUGGUGGUGCUUCCUACUGUCGUCUAUCUUCACGUUCCUCGCGGGCCUGCUGGUGGUGCUGCUAUGUCGCGCGUGCGCGUUCGUCUGCUGCCGCCGGGAGCCCGAGCUGUCUCCGAACGACCCCAAGCAGAAGGAGCAGAAGGCGGCGCGCCAGGGCAAACAGGAGUUCGAAGGCACCUUCAUGACCGAGGCCAAGGAUUGGGCCGGCGAACUCAUCUCCGGUCAGACCACCACUGGACGUAUACUGGUAGUUUUGGUGUUCAUUCUGAGUAUAGCAUCGCUCAUCAUCUACUUCAUUGACGCGUCCAGUGAGGAGGUGGAGCGAUGUCAGAAAUGGAGUGACAAUAUUACUCAGCAAAUUGACCUUGCCUUUAACAUAUUUUUUAUGGUCUACUUUUUUAUACGAUUUAUAGCAGCUAGUGACAAACUAUGGUUCAUGCUCGAGAUGUAUUCAUUUGUAGAUUAUUUCACGAUACCCCCAUCAUUUGUAUCAAUAUACCUGGAUAGAACAUGGAUAGGGCUAAGGUUUCUCCGAGCUCUACGCUUAAUGACCGUGCCUGAUAUUUUGCAGUACCUCAAUAUAUUAAAGACAUCGAGCUCAAUUCGUUUGGCGCAAUUAGUUUCUAUAUUUAUAUCAGUGUGGCUUACUGCUGCCGGUAUUAUUCAUUUGUUGGAAAAUUCUGGUGAUCCACUAGAAUUUGACAACGCACAAUCGUUAUCUUACUGGACUUGUGUCUACUUUCUUAUAGUCACAAUGUCCACAGUAGGUUACGGUGAUGUGUUUUGCCAUACAGUACUUGGCAGAACGUUUUUGGUUUUUUUUCUCCUCGUCGGCUUGGCAAUGUUCGCUAGUAGCAUUCCUGAAAUUAUAGAGCUGGUAGGAAGUAGGUCCAAGUACGGUGGCGAGCUGAAGCGUGAACAUGGAAAAAGGCAUAUUGUAGUAUGUGGACACAUAACGUAUGAAUCAGUGAGCCAUUUUUUAAAGGACUUUCUACACGAGGACCGAGAAGAUGUGGAUGUUGAGGUUGUUUUUUUACACAGGAAACCGCCCGACCUGGAGCUCGAAGGCCUGUUCAAGAGACACUUUACCACUGUGGAAUUCUUUCAAGGCACCAUUAUGAAUCCAAUCGAUCUGCAAAGGGUAAAAGUUCAUGAAGCCGAUGCUUGUCUGGUGUUAGCUAACAAAUACUGCCAAGAUCCUGAUGCGGAAGAUGCUGCUAAUAUAAUGAGAGUCAUCUCUAUCAAGAAUUACUCGGAUGAUAUCAGGGUUAUUAUUCAAUUGAUGCAGUAUCAUAAUAAGGCCUACCUCUUAAACAUUCCAUCCUGGGACUGGAAGCAAGGAGACGACGUGAUAUGUUUGGCGGAACUAAAGCUGGGUUUCAUCGCGCAAAGUUGUCUGGCGCCUGGGUUCUCGACAAUGAUGGCCAAUCUCUUCGCUAUGCGGAGUUUUAAAACGUCGCCAGACACGCAGGCUUGGCAGAACGAUUACCUACAAGGGACCGGCUGUGAGAUGUAUACCGAAAGUUUGUCCACAUCCUUCACAGGGAUGACAUUUGCUCAAGCUAGCGAGUUAUGUUUCACGAAGCUAAAGUUACUACUGUUGGCGAUCGAGAUUAAGGGUGAGGAAGGAGCGGACAGUAAGAUCUCAAUAAAUCCAAGAAAUGCGAAGAUACACGCCAAUACGCAAGGUUUUUUCAUAGCGCAGUCUGCUGAUGAGGUUAAAAGGGCCUGGUUUUACUGCAAAGCAUGUCAUGAGGAUAUAAAGGAUGAGACACUGAUCAAAAAGUGCAAAUGCAAAAACUAUGUCGGAAUGAUGAUGAUGCAGAGUGGGAUGGUGAAACAAAGUAAUACUUAUCGAAGUGUUCCUGAUGUGGCGACAUUCAGGAAAGGCGUACGAGCCGUCCAGAUGGUUGGCCGGGCAAAUGACCACCAUCCUCCCCCCACCUUCACGCCGCCAGAGUUGCCCAAGAAGGUCCAUCUUCGAGGCAGUGAAGUAGCCCGAGAUCGAGGGGAAGAUAUAAGCCUGAUCAAUAGAAACCAUCGCAACGCCGCGCCAACAACGCUCAUUUCGCCCAUGGCUAACCAGCUAAUGAACUCGACAACAACGAGACAAGUGAAUAAGGUGAAGCCAAACGUAACGAGAGCACCGCCUGAGACGAAUCAGCAAGAGCAAGAUACGAAUUACCAAGCCUAUCACCUAGCCUACGAAGUGAAAAAACUCAUGCCAACGAGUCGGAGUAGCGGUGGUAAUCAAAAUAGUAAUGGUGUCAGUUUGCCAGCCGGUCUGGCGGACGACCAGUCGAAAGACUUCGAUUUUGAAAAGACUGAAAUGAAAUAUGACUCUACAGGAAUGUUCCACUGGAGUCCCGCCCGAAAUCUAGAAGAUUGUAUACUAGAUAGAAAUCAAGCAGCAAUGACCGUACUGAACGGUCACGUCGUAGUGUGUUUAUUUGCGGAUCCGGAUUCGCCGCUAAUCGGUUUGAGGAAUCUCGUAAUGCCGCUGAGAGCGUCCAAUUUCCACUACCACGAGCUGAAGCACGUCGUCAUCGUGGGCAGCGUCGACUAUAUCCGCAGGGAAUGGAAGAUGUUGCAGAAUCUACCAAAGAUAUCUGUUUUGAAUGGUUCACCGCUAAGCCGAGCCGACUUGCGUGCAGUGAACGUGAACCUGUGCGACAUGUGCUGCAUCCUGUCAGCGAAGGUGCCAUCCAACGAUGACCCGACGCUGGCGGACAAGGAAGCUAUCCUGGCUUCGCUGAACAUCAAGGCUAUGACGUUCGACGACACGAUCGGCGUGUUGAGUGCCGGGGCCACGAACGGGGCCAGCGCUGCGCCCGCGCCGCCCGGCGCUUCGCCCGCGCCCGUGCUGCUGCAGCGGAGGGGCUCGGUGUAUGGCGCUAAUGUGCCGAUGAUCACUGAGCUGGUGAACGACAGCAACGUGCAGUUCCUGGACCAGGACGACGACGACGACCCGGACACGGAGCUGUACCUCACGCAGCCCUUCGCCUGCGGCACCGCCUUCGCUGUCAGCGUGCUCGACUCGCUUAUGUCCACUACGUACUUCAACCAAAACGCGCUAACGCUAAUCAGAUCACUGAUAACGGGUGGUGCGACGCCAGAACUGGAACUGAUAUUGGCUGAAGGAGCCGGCCUCCGCGGUGGUUAUUCUACGCCUGAGAGUUUGGCUAAUAGGGACAGAUGCCGCGUCGGCCAAAUUUCCCUCUACGAUGGGCCACUAGCCCAAUUCGGCGAGGCGGGAAAGUACGGUGACCUGUUUGUAGCCGCACUACGCACGUACGGCAUGCUCUGCAUCGGCCUGUACCGGUUCCGAGACACGUCCUCCACGUGUGACGCGAGCAGCAAGCGAUAUGUGAUCACCAACCCGCCCGAUGACUUCUCGCUGCUGCCCACUGAUCAGGUGUUCGUGCUGAUGCAGUUCGACCCGGGCGUGGAGUACCGCGCGAGCCGGCGCGCGGGGGGCGGGGCGGGGGGCGGGGCGGGCGGGGCAGGGGGCGGGGCCGACGACGCCUCCUGACUAUUGCUGUGCAGCGCCCUCACCGACGGCCCCUACUCCUACAUCUAGCCGCUCUAGCCGCUGGGGGCCGCCGCCAGACCGACAAUCCCGCACACCACCGCUCCUUGCCUUUUUUGUUCCCUCUGUUUUUUCGUUCCGUUUUGUAGUGCCGAUGUUUUAUAUGGGUUCAGGUACUUUUUUUGUUUUGUUUUGUAGUACCGUCCCCUAAGUGGAAGUCUAUGGGUUCAGAUUAGGUGCCCUUUUGUUUUCUAUGAUUUAGCUGACUUUUUGUUAUGUCCUUUUCUGUUCUGUUAGUGCUUCUUUUCGGUUCUUGGUUCUUAAUAAUUUAUCUUGAGUUCAUUUUUUUAUCUAUCUAUUGGUACCGGUUUGUUUUGCGGGAGUAAUAGUUGUUUGUCACAAUUUCAGCUCGGAAAAGCGAUAACAUUUAUAAAUCUGUUUUCCUUACGUAUAAUUAAAUUUUGAAACGGUUUGAGUGAGAUGAGACGCAAAAUUUAAGUAUCCGUAAGCAAAAUGUGACAAUACUUUAUAAUGUACAGCUGAAUUUGUGACGUAUAAUUUAUUAUUCAGUGACUAUACUAUGGGAUAAGUAAACUUUGGCUGCACACACCCAAAUCGGAAUUAUCCCCCACGAUCCGAACAGUGUACGCACUUUCCGUUUAUUUUUCAUUUUAAGGCACUUUCUUACCUACACUUGCUUAUCGAUACUUCAGUAUGAACACUGCAAUUAAUGGAUAAAGACGGGUCGGACAAAUGUACACAUUAUUCAAAUCGCGUAUAGUUAGAGAAGCUUUCGAUGUCGUGAAUCUUAGGUAUGUUAGAAUGUUACAAGAUUAGACCUUGCAUAUAUUAUGGUACUUUGAAUCGUGUGUUCGUUUGUCCUACCUCGAUACUAUUUACCGAUGAGGGAACAUUUAUAUUAACCGGCAAAGGAAAUGAACCUUUUAAACUUUUAAUUGCAAGACCCAAUUAAGAAGACAUAAUAUAAGGUACUGCAUAUAAUAAACAUAAUAUAUCUAGUACGUCCAUUCCUUAUUCUCUAGAAUAUAACGUGCUAAUCAUAUAAGUUUUCUUAAAUAUGUAUAAGCAUUUAUACUCAUCGACUGAAUGAUUGAAGUUAAUCAUGCAUAGUUCAUAUUUAAUUGUGAUUUAAGACAAUCGUUAUUAGUUUUUAUAAUUGAAUUCGAAUUUUAUUAAAUUAGAUUAAGGCUUGUUCACAUCUCGAUCUUAUGCACACGAUUGUAGUUUGCAUACGAUUUAUUUGCUCAUGAGUAUUUAGUACGAUAUACAUUAGAACAUUCUUUAGGGUUAUUUGUUUUUAAUUGUAUUCUACUCUCGGCUUAUUAUCUGCACAUGUAUUUAAUUUUGCGUUAUAGUACAUUAUUAGCGUUCACCUUUAUUUUUUAAUAAAUAUUUUAAUAUUUU